AUGGCUACUCUUACAGAGAAGUUUGGCCAACCUCACCAACUGGCCCUACAGAAAAUAGCUCAUGUUAUGGACUCCCCAGACAUUAGAAGAGGGGACACAGAAGGCUUUGAGAGGUUUGCACUGCAGAUAAGAGCACUUGUGGGCAUGCUACAGACCCUGGGCCAGGAGGGAGAGAUAGAGCUCCGUUGUGGGUCCCAUGUUGCACGCCUCCUCAGUAAACUUCCCACUGAGAUGAGGUCAGAGUUCAAAAGAUACAUGUGCCGCAACGCCACUGCAGUUUAUGAUAUAAUAGAGUUUUCAGCGUGGCUGCAGUUAGAAACAUGGUGCCAAACCAGUGAUGGACACAAGGUGAGUUAUGGAGUGAAAGAGAAAGCUCCCUCAAAGCCAGACCGUCAUCGUGAGUCGAGGCAGUUUCCUCGCUCCACUAAUAUCCUUCACGGAGCAGAGGAUCUCACUCCCAAAGAUGAAAGUUUUAGUAGUUCACCAGCAAAUAAGAAAGACAAGAAUCCUAAAGCUUAUUGCCCCUACUGCGACACCGAAGACCACUUCCUAACCCGUGUCCUCCUCAAAGUAAUCAGAGUACUCCUGCGGCACGGGGACAAGACAUUAGACACGUACGCUGUUCUAGACGACGGGUCAGACCGUACUAUGCUUUUGACCGCUGCAGCACAACAACUGGAGGUCACAGGUACUCCCGAAGACAUAUCCCUCAGAACAAUAAGACAGGACACUCAGAUCGUGCAUGGUGCUUCAGUGUCCUUCGAGAUUUCUUCUCCUUAUCAGCCAAAGAAAGUCUACAAGAUUACGAAUGCCUUCACAGCUCAGCGCCUGGGCUAG